UGCCGGCUACCGUGUGCGUUGCUCGGCUCGUGCGCCCCGCCCCCGGCCUUUUUUCUUUUCUUCUUCCGCACAUCCACAUCCAUCCCCGUCCGUCCGACCAACGCCUUCCGCAGCCAAAAGCACCCGACCGUUGCCACCUAGGCCCGAGGAAAGCAAAAGAGGCUCCGUGCCCACUCGUCCACAUCCGCACCGCACGCACCCCGCCGGCGCCUCUCCCGGCCGUUCGGUUCGAAACAUCGUCCUCCUCGAUGUCCGCCCGGCGGCAGCACGCGACGGCUACGGCGGGGGUGCCGCUGCCCGCGCCGCGGACCCUUAACCUGUCGAGGAGGUCGGCCGGCGGGAGGUCGGGCCGCGCGCAGCAGCAGCAGCCCAGGCCGCCGGCGGUGAACCUCGGCGCGCUGUUCGAGAUGGAGCGCCGCGUGCGCGGGCUGGAGUCGUCCGCGCCGCCGUCGCCGCCCUGCCCCCGCUCCCGCUCCCGUGCCGCGCGGCCGCAGGAACAGGAGGACGACGAGGCCGGGGAGCAGGAGGAGAAGUGGCGGUUCCAGGCGGAGAUCCUCCGCGCCGAGUGCAACUUCCUCCGGAUGGAGCGCGAGGUCGCCCUCCGCAAGCUCGACUGCCACCGCGGCCAGAUGGAGGCCGCGCUCAAGUCGGCCAUGGAGACACUCGCCUCGGGGAGGAAGAAGAUUGACGGGAGGGGUGAGGUGGGCGUGGCGGCGGCGUUGGACGAGGGGAUCGAAGACCUGGAGGAGAUGAUGGAGGAGCUGCGGGUGGAGAAGGAGAGCGGGAGGAGGGCGAUGAGCGGCUUGCGGGGGCUGCAGCGGAGCCACGGCCGGAACUUCGACCGCCAGGCGUCCUCGCUCCGCCGCCGCCUCGAGAAGAUGCCGUCAGCCGAUGCCGAGCCCACUCUCAAGGACAUCCGCGAGAUCGCGCACCCUGUCGCCCCGUCGCCGCCUCCGCCCGCCGCGCACAGCGACGAUGGUGACCACGUCCCCAGCGCCAAUCUGUCCGAUGUGGAGAUGCUGAGGGUGAAGAUGGAGGGAAUGUCCAAGGGGAUGCGCGACAGGAUGGCGGAGUACAGCCGGCGGCUGGAAGCCGUCACCGGCGGCGACAACGCUGCGUGCCAGUCCAGGAAAUGCGGCAACAGCCGGCACAGUCGGAAGCCAAGCGCAUGUAGCCAGAGGAGCUGGAGCGGCAGCAGCAACACGAGCAACAGCAAUGUGGCGGCGUUCCGCUACAACGCCUCGCACGGCCCCAGCGUGGCCUCCGAGAAGCAUCACCAGGAGCAGAAGAUUGUGCCUGAAGAUAGCAAAUUGGUGGGCUCUGGAAGCUGUUGCGACUGCAAGGAAAUUGUGGGGAAGAUAAUGAAGCAAGUAAAAGCAGAAUCAGAGCAAUGGACUGAGAUGCAGGACAUGUUGGAGCAGGUCAGACUAGAGAUGCAAGAGCUUCAGUCUUCCAGGGAUACAUGGCAGCGUCGGGCCAUUGCUUCUGACACCAGUCUUGGUUCUUUGAAUUCUCAGAUGAUGGAGUGGAAACAUCGUGCACAAGCCUCGGAACAGCAUGCGGAAGAGCUUCAGAAGAAGAUCUCAGAACUCCAAGGCAAGCUACACACGUUCCAGUCCCAUUUCCCUACGCCAAAUCUGCCCAGCCGGGAGUGGUCGGAAGCAUGCAAGAUGGAGAACGGGCCACGAGCAGCCAAGGCUCAGCACCGCCACCGGCCACCACAGGAGAAAGAGAAGCACGUCCUGAUCUGCCGGGUGAAGCACUCGACCAGCGUGAUCCCGAAGCGCUUGCCUCUCCAGGACAUCGGCAACAUCAGCCUGCCGCGGCAGCGCUGAGGCCUGACUGUACCAAACGUCAGGAGUGCGAAGAGAUCUGAAGAAUUCUGUCACUUUAGUAUAGUGUAGCCUUAAUAAAUAAUUCAUAAUAACCCACGGAUGUGUAAUCGGCUGACUUCUCGUCGGUCCGAUGAUCCGACUGUAGGACGACGGAGUUAAUUCGCGUAGUACAGUGUCGAGGAAUAGGCACGAUCGAGGUGUAUGUAAGGCGAAUGCCUCUUUUUUUUGCUGAGAUUAAUUUUGCAAUUUUGUCAUGCUUCUUUCGAAGAUCUGAA